AUGGAUGAAGCUUCCAGCUCGUUGGCCAUGGCAGGCGUGGGCAUUGGCUCGUUGUCUGUGACAGGUAUGGGCAGUGGCUCGUUGGCCAUGGCAGGUGUGGGUGUUGGCUCGUUGGCCGUGACAGGCAUGGGUAGUGGCUCGUUGGCCAUGGCAGGUGUGGGUGUUGGCUCAUUGGCCAUGGCAGGUGUGGGCAUUGGCUCGUUGGCUGUGACAGGCAUGGGCAGUGGCUCGUUGGCCAUGGCAGGUGUGGGUGUUGGCUCAUUGGCCAUGACAGGCAUGGGCAGUGGCUUGUUGGCCAUGGCAGGUGUGGGUGUUGGCUCAUUGGCCAUGGCAGGCGUGGGUGUUGGCUCAUUGGCUGUGACAGGCAUGGGCAGUGGCUCAUUGGCCAUGGCAGGUGUGGGUGUUGGCUCAUUGGCUGUGACAGGCAUGGGCAGUGGCUUAUUGGCCAUGGCAGGUGUGGGUGUUGGCUCAUUGGCCAUGGCAGGCGUGGGCGUUGGCUCAUUGGCCGUGGCAGGCGUGGGUGUUGGCUCAUUGGCUGUGGCAGGCAAGGGCACUGACAAUUUGUGGGAAAGGGAUUUUGUGGCCCUACGCACCGAUAUCAGUGGCAGAUAAUUCAACUUGGAGACAAGGGUCGUGAAGGACCUCAAGGCCGGGGCCACAGAAGGCAAGAUUAUGACAUGGCGUGGAACCAACUCAGACUUAACUGGAACAUAGUGUAUAGCAGACUCAAACUUGACUGGGACAUGGAGUGGAGUAGGCUGAGGUGUUACUGUGACCUGGCUUGGAGCAGGCUGUGGAGUUGCUGAGACAUGGUAUGGAGCAGGCUGAAGCGUGGCUGUGAUAUGGCAUGGAGCAGACUCAGGCUUGGCUGUGACAUGGCAUGGAGCAGGCUGAGGUGUUUCUGAGACAUGGCAUGGAGCAGGCUGAAGCGUGGCUGUGACAUGGCAUAUAGCAGGCUUAAGCGUGGCUGUGACAUGGCAUGGAGCAGACUCAGAUGUGGCUGCGACAUGGUGUGGAGCAUUACCUUGAUGAAGAGAAUGCAGUUGAUCUCCGGCAUCUUUGCCUCCUACUGGAUGUUCAAACGCAGCACGAAAUCGUUGGAGGAAGUAACAGAACGAAGGGAAUGUUGUUCUGUCGCUGUUCCACACUGCUGCAAUC